AUGCAACAACCUACUGGUAACUACCCUCUUGAAAAGGACAAAGAAAUACUCGGGGGAGAGUGGCACUUGAAUGUGGAAACUAAGCAACCCCAGCAUGGACCAGAAAGAAGCAACUUGAACAAUGUCUCUGGGAAGCUUCCAGCAAUGGCCCUCUUUGGCUCCAUAGGAAACACGGAGCCUCCCUACCCAGAAGCGCAGCCCAGAGGCAAUGGGGCCUCUCCUUGGAGGCACUAUGAGAACAGAAAGCACUGUGAGAACCAGGGGAAUCUUCUCCAGUUUGACCAGCAAGCCCCAGGCCACAUUUCUACCUCUCCCACUUUGAGGAGAUUAAGGGGCAGAGGAUGUGGGACCGCUAAUACAAGGCCUCAGCAAGAUACCUUGGAAGCACCCACCUGGGGAAGCUGGAAGGAGCCUGCAAGCUCCACAUGUUAUGUUUCCAGGCGUCCACCUGGAAACCCAAAGGACUCUUCCCCUUCCAUAUCAUCCUUGAGACUCAGUGAUCUGAGAUUGCCUUCUGAUCCUGAAAGGGCCCUCAACAUAGCUAACCUAGUAGAGCCCCAAAUCCAGCCUUCUGAGAAGCAG